CCCCGCGGUGUCGCUGUAGACGCACGUCCUGUCUGCGGUGCACACCCAGUACGCACACACAAGCGCAACAGGUGUAACUUCUUCACUAGCAACGAUACCUGCAGCGCACAGUAAUACAUUCACCACCACUUUCCUUUGGGUCAGAAUGAACCGCGGACGGUGAGGAGUUUUGGUGCGGAUGCAGAAGUUAACCCGCUGUAGUCACCAAGCCUCAUGUGAUCGCUGACUCAGACAAGCAGCCCGGCAGCAGCCAGAGACAACCAGCCAGCCAGCAGCCAGGCAACCAGACAACCAGCCAGCCAGCCAGCCAGCAGCCAGCCAGCAGCCAGACAACCCUAUAGCCCACAGCCCCCAGCGCUCUAUCCCCCCCAGCUCCCAGCAUGAAGCCCCCCCAGCAGGUUGACAUCCGGGCGGCGCUCCUCCUGUCCUCCUCCUUCCACUUCCUGUGCAGCGUGGGGCAGGGCUGCUUGCUGCCGUUCCUCACGCUCUACCUCCGGCGCCUGGGCCUGGGCGCUGCCGCCACCGGGGGCGUCAUGGCGACCCGCCACCUGACCACAUUGCUCUGGAGCCCGCUGGCUGGAGCGCUGACCCGGCGCUACGACAAGAGGCGGCUGGCGGCGGUGCUCUCCCUGGUGGGCUCGGCCGCCAUGGCUCUGCUGAUCCCCUUCAUCCCCCCCCUCGACGGCCGCGCUCUGGGUGGCCGCUGCAACGCCACUGCGGCUAGCAUUGGUUCUAGUGUUAGCAUUAGCCCCGGUGCUAGCUUUAGCCCCGGCGUUAGCGUUAGCAUUAGCCAUGGUGUUAGGUCUAGCAUUAGCCCCGGCAGUCGCAUUAGCCCCGGUGCUAGCAUUGGCCCUGGAGUUAGCGUUAGCAUUAGCCCUGGUGUUAGCGUUAGCCCGACCGCCUUCCCCGCGCCCCAGCCGCUCUCCAGCUCCUCGGUGGGAGGGGUCCCCCCCAGCGCCCUGCCUGCCGCGGGGCCGCUGAGCAACGCCCCCUCUGAGGGUCAGCUGGCGGCCAACGGUACGCUGGGGGGGGCAGGGAGUGGCAACAAGUCGGUCGUCAACGGGCACCGGCCGGAGAGGGGGGCCCCGGGCCCUGCCCUGAGCCACCGGUCGCUUGACGUCCCGGAGCCCAGCGGGGGCUGGAGGGGGGUGGGGGGGGCAGGGGGUGAGGAGGACAGGGGCUUCCUGAGCGGGCUGAAGGGCGUGGCAGCGCGGCAGCAGCUCCUCCUGCUGCUUCUGAUGGGCGUGGUUGCGUGGGAGCUGCUUGCGGCGCCGCUGGCCUGGGCGGUGGAGGACGGUCUCCACGACUACCUGGACGCGGUGGACGCCGCAGAUCGUCACGGCAACGCGCCCACCUGGGGCCGGCUGGGCGCGGCACUCGGCGCCGGGGGGGCGGGGAUCCUGGUGAGCCGGCUGCCCUGCUUCCUGGUGGGCGAUCACGUGACCCGCGGCGCCACCCACUUCUUCCUCUACGCUGCGCUGGCCGCGCCCACGCUGAUGGUGGGCUCCGCCCUCCUGCCGCUUCUGCACCUGGACAGGAAGCGGGCGCGCGGGGGCGGGCUCAUGAGGGCCCUGCGGCUGGUCGGGGGCCGCCCCGGGGGCCCGCUCUGUGCUGCCGUUGCCCUGCUGGGCGCCGCGGGCGGCGCCGCGCUUGAAGACUUCCUGCUGUGGGUCAUGGAGGACGCGGGCGCGGGCGAGCUGCACAUGGGCGUGGGCGUGGCUCUGGGCUCACUGAGCGAGGCAGCCUUCCCCCUCCUGCUGGGCCUGUGCUCGCGGCCCCCUGGCCCCUGGGGGCCCCUGAUGGCCGGGGCGGGGGCCCUGGCUCUGACGUGCCUGUACUGCUCCUUCCUGUGGGGCCCCUGGGCCGCGCUACCCGCCCAGCUGCUGCGGGGCCUCGGCGCGGGGACCCUGUGGUGGGGGGUCGGGGCGCAGGCGGAGGAGGUGGGGGCAGGGGGGGCGGGGCUUGGCGUGCGGCGGGUGUACGGCUGGCUGUGCGCCGGGCUGGGGGCAGUCCUCGGGUCCCUGGGGGCGGGGUUUGUGGCAGAGCGGUGGGGGGUGCGCUGGCUGCUGCGGGGCGUGGCCCUGGGCGUGGCCGCGUGCUGCGUGCUCCUCCCCCUGCUCCGGUGGCGGACACCGCAGCAGCGCCGCAUCAACUACUCCCGCCUCCUGGCGGCGGACGAGAGCGAGGACAGCGGCUCGGAGGAAGAGCCGGAGACGGACUGGCUGGACCGCGCCCUGGAGGUGGACCGCGCCCUGGAGGCGAACCUCGCCCUCCAAGACCAUGCCCUCAAAGGGGAUCGGCACCGGCAGAACCUCUCUGAGAGGAGGGGCCACCUCUGAGAGGAGGGGCCACCUCUGAGAGGAGGGGCCACCUCUGAGAGGAGGGGCCACCUCUGAGAGGAGGGGCCACCUCUGGGAGGAGGGGCCACCUCUGGGAGGAGGGGCCACCUCUGGGAGGAGGGGCCACCUUUGGGAGGAGGGGCCACCUCUGGGAGGAAGGGCCACCUCUGGGAGGAAGGGCCACCUCUGAGAGGAGGAGACACCUCUGGGAGGGGAAUUAGGAUAACUGUCAUGUUACUGCUUUCUGACAAUGAAUGUGAUUCUGUGGGUUUCAUAGUAAAAAUAAAAACGUAAUUAUCUAUCUUUUAAUAUUUAUUUUAUUCCAGCUCAUGUCGGUCAUGCUGCUCGUCUCGGCUGCGGCCCAUGUGAACUGGAGACUUAUGGCACGUUGCCACUGCAGGGUGCAGUAUGGUUCUGUUUGCAAAGGUGCGGUACGGAUUGCGUUUCCACCGCCAAAAGUGGACGUGACUCGGACUGAGCCGUACUCAUUUUGCCCUCGUCUUCAGUACUCCUCCGUUGGGGUACUGAGACGCCUGAAAGGGUGCCGGAAAAUUCGAGCUACACACCCCCUCCGUUGAUUGGUCGACAGAAUCAUCACUUCCGGGCUACGUGGGGAUAAAAACAAACAAACAGUAGCCUCGAGGUAUUAUUCUUUCCAUGAUAGCUCUUGGUUUAAUGUGUCGCGUUCAACUUUUCCAUUGUUUUUAUUGAGCAGGCUACACUGUGUCGUGCUGCUAUGAUGUCACGAUGUUUACGUAGCUGCCGCAGCGAUCGACAUCCAGCCUACCAUAAAGGGUACUGUCGGCGGUCGAAAUGCGACCUCGAAACUGAGCUGGGCCCCGUUUCCCGAAAGCGUCGUUAGCCUAAGUGGAUCGUGAAGUGCGUCGAAAGGGCAUCGUAGAGUUUUCACCGCGUUUCCCGAAAGCAUCGUGGGGAACGAACGUCUUGAAAACGCUCGUAGCUAACGAGUACUCCAGGGGUGCUCGUAGGUACUCGUAGGACGCUAAGAGCAUCGUCAGCUAUAGCCUCAGUGGCGACACCAUCGGACAUUCCGUCUAUUGGAUGCGUUUUAUUAAAACGCAUUGCGCCUUUAUGAUCUUAGUUUGGUAAUUAAUAAAGAUUAUUAAUUAAUUUAUUAAUAAAGAUGUUAAAAUGGCCAAAAUAAAACGGGACAGUCCAGAAAAUGUUUGCGCAGGCAGGGCACUCAAAAUGUGUGAGAGAAAGUGGGGGGAUUUGUGCAGACUGACAUAGGCUACUCAUAAAACGUAGCAUAAAAUAAUGUAAAAAAAUAAAUAAAUUAAAACAAUUAAAAAAAAUAAAAAAUAAAAAGAAUUAUAGAA